AAACUCCGUCUGUUGCGAGUAAAAAUCACAGUCGCGAAAAUGAAGUUUCCAUCGGCUGCGCUUCUCUGCUCUCUACUUCUCGUCGGAACCCUAAUACUCACAGAGGCUAAGAAAUCAGAUAAAGAUUUGAAGGAAGUGACACACAAAGUAUAUUUCGAUGUUGAGAUUGCUGGAAAACCUGCCGGAAGAAUCGUUUUUGGUCUCUUUGGAAACACGGUUCCCAAAACCGCAGAAAAUUUCCGAGCAUUGUGCACAGGGGAGAAAGGUAUUGGAAAGAGCGGGAAGCCUCUUCACUUCAAGGGAAGCGCCUUCCACAGGAUUAUUCCUAGCUUCAUGAUUCAAGGUGGUGAUUUCACACUUGGAGAUGGGAGAGGAGGUGAAUCAAUCUAUGGAGAAAAGUUUAACGAUGAGAAUUUCAAGAUCAAGCACACCGGACCAGGGCUGUUGUCUAUGGCAAAUGCUGGUAAAAACACCAAUGGCUCACAAUUCUUCAUCACGACGGUCACAACCAGCUGGUUGGAUGGCCGACAUGUCGUGUUUGGCAAGGUGUUGUCGGGGAUGGACGUGGUUUACAAGAUGGAAGCCGAGGGGACACAAAAUGGAACACCAAAAAGCAAAGUUACAAUUGCUGAUAGCGGUGAGCUCCCUCUAUAAUAAAUCUUUCUACUCUUGGAUUUGAUCGUCUUCUUUUUUCGUUUACGAUACCAGUUUUCUUGUUAUGUUCAUGUUGGUGUUCUAAUUAAACUUUUGAGAUUAACUUCGUUCUGCUGGUGUUAAUUCCAAGCAACGUAACCAACAUUUAUCUGUUUUAAAACUAGC